AUGGCACAGCCAACGUCCCCAGUGGCAUUGUGCACCCAUGAUUGGCAUCAUCGACGUGACUUGACCGAGUCCUCGCUCGACGCAAGACAGACGGCAGCACAGCCGCAGCCGAACCGGCUUGACGGGAGUAUGAGCCGAGCACUACCGCUGCGUCAUCCCGGCAUGAGUUGGCUGCUGGAGGACGAUCCCAGCACCAGGGAGCCCACGCUGGAUGAGUGUGUGCGCAUGGGGACGCUGUUUGGGAUGUUCAAUAAGUGUCUGCGAGAGAUGGGGUUCAGCCGGAUGUACUUUGGGGACAAAAUAGUCGAACCGGUGCUGAUUGUCAUCUUCUGGCUACUGCUGUGGUUCCUUGGCAUUCAGGCACUGGGACUUGUGGGAUCUCUGUGCAUCAUCAUCAUUUACAUCCAGGAGUAA